AUGAUUCAGGUUCUCGCCCAGCCAUCUUUGACCUUCAAGGACGUGUCAAUAGAUUUCUCUCAGGAAGAAUGGGAAUGCCUGGACCCAGCUCAGCAGAAACUGUACUCAGAUGUGAUGUUGGAGAAUUACAGCAACCUGGUCUCCCUGGGUCUUGUUGUUUCUAAGCCAGCCCUGGUCACAUUUUUGGAGCAAAUGGAGGGCUGGGAUGUUUCCAAAAAAUCUUCAAUAUCUGCCCCCCCAGGUAGGUGA